GAACAAUCAAAUCAAAAACCAAGAAGAUCUCUCAGAAUCACCACUAUAAUGGCUUCCACCGAAGUGAACGUGACCGUCUUUGCCUAUCCUCAACCCGACAAGAUCGAUGAGGUUGCAACCCUUUGGAGCGAGCUUUCACGCCAAGUGCAGGCCAACGAGCCCGACACGCUGUUCUACUAUGCCUUUGUCAAUCAAGAUCGAAAUGCAAUUGUGGUCGUCGAGAGAUACCGUAACCAAGAAGCCCUAGUGAAGCACAGUCAAACGCCCUAUUAUCAGGCGUUCAUGGCCAAGGCCGGGGUUUUGAUGGCCAAGCCUCUUGAGAUCCAGCGGGGUGGUGGUCCAUUGCCCGAGUCAACCAAGGUUUCCCGGCUGUAGAUGGAUGGGAUGGGAUGGGAUGGACCCUAAUCAUGAAAACCUUUGUACAUUAAAGAAGUAUAUUCACUAAAUCUGAGCUGUGUAACGUUAAGUUAGGUUAGUUAAUCAACAUGAC